CAUUUCACUAUACAUAUACGAAAAAUUCAAUUCGAUACACAGAAACAUACACGAGAAAAAGUCAUGGUGGGAACCCAAGACGGGGCGACGUCCCCCAAAUCAGCCCACCAAGCACAUCAGGUACCCCAGGUUCAAGAUCUCGAGAGCCUCUCUUCCUCCUCCGGUUCAGACAACAGCGCCAGCAGUAGCAGUUCCAGCAGCGGCACCGGCACUCCGAACGUUGCCAACAGCGCAACGAUACUCAUUGCGACCGACCACCCCGACGCACCACUUCCCGAAAUAACCCUCGUCGAAGCCCUCGAGGCCGACAGCUCUCCGCCUACUCCCCGAUUCAUCCAGGACGCCGGCUCAUGGAAGAGGUGGAAAUGGGUACCAUAUCCCGUCCGGCGCUCCAUUGUCGCCGUUAUUCGAUGGGCCCACGGCCCUGCCACUCCUCAGCGGUUCCGCAUCAAGCCACUGUUUCCCAACGUCCAGUAUGCGCCUAUCCUGCUCCUGGAGAAGAAGUUCCCACGGUUGAGGCAUAGGCUGUGGCUACUGUUCUUCUGGAUUGCCAUAUGGAUCAUCACCUUCGCCUUGGUCAUGCGCAAAGAGUUAGAUGUGGACGAGAUUCCCGGAUGGGGCAGACCCGUUUCGAUUGGCUGUGGCGCGGCUUACUGGAACAUGGACAAUGGUUGCGGACUCAAUGGCAUGCAAUGCCGGCCCUUCACCGAUUCGGGCUUUGCCUUCAAGUGUCCUGCCAACUGUGCAAGUUACCAGGCCUUGAACCCGCGCGCUGUGGGUGACCAGGAGGUUGUAUACAGGCCUCUGGUUGUUGGUGGCCCGCCAGCAACAGGGAACGAUAUCAUUCCAGUCUACCGUGGUGACUCCUACCUCUGCGGCUCUGCCGUCCAUGCCGGCGUUGUGUCAAACGCGCACGGCGGCUGUGGUGUCGUGCGCUUGAUCGGGACGCAGAGGAAUUUCAGCAGCUCCUACCGGAACGGAAUCGAGAGCAUCCCCUUCGAUUCCUACUUCCCGCUGUCUUUUACAUUUGAGGAGGGCGUCCAAUGCUCAGCUAAGGACAUGCGCUGGGCGCUCCUCGCCAUCUCUGUGGUCUUUUCCAGCGUACUUUCGGUGUUGAUCACUUCCCCCACCCUCUUCUUCUUCCCCGUCUUCACAGGCAUCUAUUGGACCGUUGGCCUGGCUACCGACCCGGCCAACAUCACCGAUGUCCCUUCCCUCAUCUCGCGCGAGCUCGGCUCCUUCCUCCCGGCCAUCCUCGUCGCCUGGGUCAUGUACGACCACAUGGGCAUUCGCCGCUCCUUAACCGGCCUGACGGCACAGUUCGAGAAAACCGUCCUCUGGCUUGGCGGCUGCUGGGUCGGCGCUCUGACGAAUUACACCUUCGAUUUCAUCCCCAUCCAGCGUCUCACACCUCACGAUCUGCAACAACAGCCCGGUGCGCGGGCCGCCCUCGCCAUCAUCAUCGUCGUUUUGACCAUCAUCACGGCCUCGCAGGUCUGGUUCUUCCGGCAGGAAGGUCGACUAGUUCGCUACCUCAAGUUCUACACCCUCGUCGGCGCCGGUCUGAUCCUCUGCGUAAUCCUGCCGGACCUCAAGCUGCGCAUCCACCAUUACAUCCUCGCUCUUCUCUUACUUCCAGGAACAAGCAUGCAAACCCGUCCGUCGCUGCUCUAUCAAGGCUUGCUAGUCGGGUUAUUCAUCAACGGCAUCGCCCGCUGGGGGUGGGAUCCCGUCCUGCAAACGGCUUACGCGCUGCAGGGAGAUGCCCAGCUGGGAUCUCCCCUGCCAGCCCUCGCCGCGCCCGUGAUCUCACUGGGGACGAAUAUUUCCAGCAUCACCUUUACGUGGGGCAAGCCGCCGGGGAGGAUCUACGAUGGGAUCAGCGUGCUGGUGAACGAUGUAGAACGGUUCAGGACGUAUUUUAGCGAUGAUGAGUUCGACAAGAAUGCGCCCUCUAACUUUACUUGGACAAGGGAGGGAGAGGAAGUUGGGAGAGAUAAUGAGUAUUUUAGGUUUGCGUGGAUGCAAGGGUACAAGAGCGAGGAUUAUACCAAGGCGGGGGUGUGGACGAGGGAGGGGGAGUGGAUUGCCAUGGCUCCGGGGCCGUCGAGGGUGAAGAAGAGGGGUUCUAUGGGGGUGGUUGGGGAGGAGGAGGAGGGGAGGAAGAGGUUAGCUUGAUGAGAUGGUAUGAUACCUAUAUUUUGGAUAUAAAGUAUAUAUAUGGCUAUGAUUCGCCCUUGUAACUCGA